UAGGAGUACUGGUCUGGUUGGAGAGGAAGCCGAGGCACCACUUUUCAACGGUGAACCCACCCACAGCUCAUCUGCAUAUAGCCAACCCAACAAACCAAGCAACACAAAUCCGAUUCAUUCCCCUCCCAAGCUCCAAUCCCGCGAAUUCUCAAGCGUGGUCGUCAUCAUCAUCACCCAGCAUGAUCCGUUUCAUCCUGUUGCAGAAUCGGCAGGGGAAGACGCGGCUGGCCAAGUACUACGUCCCGCUCGAGGACUCAGAGAAGCACAAGGUUGAAUAUGAGGUGCAUCGGCUGGUCGUCAACAGGGACCCCAAGUUCACUAACUUCGUUGAGUUCCGUACGCACAAAGUUAUCUACAGGAGAUAUGCAGGACUAUUUUUCUCAAUAUGUGUAGAUAUCACGGAUAAUGAGUUGGUAUACUUGGAAUGUAUCCACUUAUUUGUGGAGAUAUUGGACCAUUUCUUCAGCAACGUGUGUGAACUUGAUUUAGUAUUUAACUUCCACAAGGUUUACUUGAUAUUGGAUGAGUUUAUUCUCGCUGGAGAGUUGCAAGAAACAAGCAAAAAGGCGAUUAUAGAGAGAAUGGGUGAACUUGAGAAGCUGGAUUAAGAAGAAACUGUGUCGCCAGCGUGCAUGGGGAGAUAACUAAACGCAAAAGCAAAACCCAUUCCUUCUGCCAUGUCGAAGAAUUUUCUCCGUUUGUACAAUUCUGUUGUAGCUGUUAUUAUGAUUACCCCUGGUUCACCAACUUUAUGGCUGCCUUCUAGAAAUGGCUGCUUUCUAGAAAAAAACAUUAUGAUGGUUGCUUGGUGGGGUUCGUUGUGGAUCGUUCUGUAACUAGGUGCCGUGGAAUUCCUUGCCAUCUUUACGCAUUUCAUUAGCAAUCAUGAUGGCAGUCUUUUCUCCAA